CGCCAAUGAAUGAUUGAAUGAAUGAAUCCGUGCAUGCAUGGACAAGUGGAACGAAUUGAGGGAACACACAACCAACUCCAACAACACUUUGCACAACCACCGCCGCAAGAACAACACCAGUCAGUGCGCGUGUGAUGGCCUCGCCACCAAAGCCGUGGGAAGUGGCUGGCAGCGGGCAUGCAGCAAGUGUUGCGCCCGUGCUGCCAUCACCGCCACCCUCAGCCUCAGCCACAGCCACUGGCAUCCCCAAUGACCAACAGCAGCAGCAGCGACGCCAGCAGCAGCAGGCAUUGCCACCACCAGUGCCCACGCGGGGAUAUGGCGGAACAAGUGGCAUGCGGUUCAUGAACGGCCUUGGCGGCGCUUCCCCGUACUACAACUCAUAUGGCGGGUACCACCCUCAUCACGCUCGCUUCGGCUACGGUUCAUACAGGGACGGCCCGGACGGGUCCCUGUUCCAGCAGAUGCAGGAGGGCGGGCGCGGCGCCUUUGAGACGGUGGAGCGGCUGGUGUUCGCCGUCAGCUCUGUCGCCGCCAUGCUCGAGUCCUCAUAUGACGCCCUGUACAGCUCGUUCAUGGCUGUUGUCAGCGUCGCCGACCAUAUGGACCAGCUCAAGGAGCAGCUCUUGAGUGUGUUCAAGUCCCUUGUUCGUCUCCGCUUCCUCAAGCGCAUCAUCGCCAAGCUCAUGCGCCUCUUCCGCCUCACCCCGCCCGCCUUUCUCCUUGAACCGGACACCCUGCCCACCACCAACGGCCAGAGCGGCGGGCGCUUCCCCUGGCCGCUAAUUGUGUUCUUCGCACUCGUCUUUGGCAGCCCGCUCGUCGUGUACUCCAUGAUGCGCAAGCAGAAGAAGGACAGCCGCCGGCCUGUGCGUGCGCGUGUGGCGUGGGAUUACACUGCGCAGAAGAACGAUGAGCUCACCAUCGUCAAGGACACAAUCGUGACGGUGUACCCGCCAAAGAGCGAGCCCGAGGGCUGGGUGACGGCGGAGGCGGAGGACGGAUCAAAGGGGUAUGUGCACGCAGCAUCCUAUAACACGCGUCGCAGGAGGGGAUGGCGAUGA